AUGGUAUCUAAACGGGCCAUUAAGCAGAUUUCCGAUAGCGAUGAUGAUAUCCACAAAUCAUCAAGUAAGAAAACAAAACUAGGUGAUAGAUCUUCAGAUUCAUUGCACAAGCCACAUCAUUUCUCUGCCGAGUCUGAAAAGUAUGGGAUUGUUCUGCGCAAAUUCUACCCGCCCGAAAUGAGUAAUGAGCGCGCUCAAGCUUACAACGACAAUUUGAUAACCCGUCCGAUUGAAGAACUUGAAUCAGCGCUAGAGGAAACGGCCUCGACGCAUCAAGAUGUCCAGGUGAAAAAAGCCGUUGUGCAUUGGUUUAAGAUGGAUUUACGAACAACAGAUAACCGAGCUUUGUGGGAGGCGAGCCAGAAAGCCCAGGAAGCUGGUGUGCCAUUAAUAUGCCUGUACAUAUUAAGCCCCGAGGACUUCGAGGCACACAUAGUGUCCCCACGGCGCGUCGAUUACAUCUUGCGAGCCCUACAAACCCUGAAACAAGAUCUAGCAGCGUUAGAUAUCCCUUUAUACAUGGAGACCGUGGAGAAGCGGAAGUAUAUACCCCAACGUAUCUUGGAUCUCAUGGAAGAAUGGAAAGCCAGUCACCUAUAUGCGAACAUGGAGUAUGAGGUUGAUGAGUUGAGGAGGGAGGCGAAGAUGGUGCAAAUGUGUAGGGGGAAGGGGUUUUCCAUGAAGUUGUACCACGAUACAUGUGUCGUCCCCCCAGGUCUGUUGCACACAGGCGAGGGAAAGCAGUACGCAGUAUAUACGCCGUGGUUCAGAAAAUGGAUCGCACACCUCCAUGAGAAUCCCGGACUGCUUGAUCUGUUCGACGCACCAGCGAAGAAUUCUUCUAACGCCCGACAAACUUUCGGCGCGUUAUUUGACUGCAAAUUACUAGAUGCUCCAGAAAACAAGCGUCUCUCUACAGAAGACACGAAACUUUUUCAUGCCACUUGGCCAGCUGGUGAGCAUGCAGCGAUGGACAGACUUGAAAAGUUUUGCGAAGAGAAAAUAGGCGAGUAUGGUAGCCGACGUAAUUUCCCCUCCGAAGCAUCAACAUCGUCGAUAUCACUCCAUCUAGCAUCGGGAACGUUGAGCGCAAGGACCGCAGUUCGCACUGCUAGAGACAGAAAUAAGACGAAGAAGCUUGACGCGGGUGUUGAUGGAAUACGAGCUUGGAUAAGCGAAGUAGCAUGGCGUGACUUCUAUAAACAUGUCUUGGUACAUUGGCCGUAUAUAUGCAUGAAUAAGCCUUACAAGCCAGAGUACACAGAUAUUGAAUGGUCUUACGAUACAGCGCACUUCGAGGCAUGGUGUAAUGGACGCACAGGCUUCCCGAUCGUUGACGCCUCCAUGCGGCAAAUCAAAAGCAUAGGGUGGAUGCAUAAUCGAUGUCGCAUGAUUGUGGCUUCUUUCUUGUGCAAAGAUCUCCUGAUCGACUGGCGAAUGGGUGAGAAGUUCUUUAUGGAACACCUCAUCGACGGCGACUUCGCGUCUAACCACUGCGGCUGGGGCUUCAGUGCAUCCGCCGGCGUUGAUCCACAGCCGUACUUCCGGAUCUUCAACCCGCUGCUCCAGAGUGAGAAGUUCGACCACAAUGGCGAUUUCAUCCGCAAGUGGAUACCAGAGCUUCGGGACAUCCAGGGCAAAGCUAUCCACGACCCGUACAACAGAGGCGCUGGGCCUCAAGCGAAGCAGGCCGGAUACCCUAAGCCGAUCGUGAAUCACAAGGAAAGCAGAGACCGAGCCCUCGAGGUGUACAAGGCAGGCAUCAAAAGAGAUAAGCCCUGA